AUGUCUUGGCCGACGUGGGUGUUAAAUGAAACAAAUCGAAAGAUCCAGCAACGCAUAGACCACAUUGCAUAUGAGUUACAGAAUAAAUUUUCGGAUAUUGAGUUGGAGCGGGAGGCCGUCGCCGUGCUGCGGAGGAACUUGGCGCAGGUGAAGCAACAUGUCCUUUCGAGAACGAAGGCCGUCGUCGAAGAUCAAGAGCGCCUGCAGAGGGACGAUGAUGCGCUGCAGCUUCUGCAGCGGGAGGAGUCCCACAGCCGUGCCGAUCUUCAUGCGUUGAAGAGUCGUCAAAAGGAGGUCCAGGAGUUGCUGCAGGGAGUGUCACGUGCAGUGCAGGCCAAGGCGAAGGCUCUUGAGAAGGAGCAUGCCAUAUCGGAGGCGCUGGAGCAGACAGCGCUGGAACUUUUUGCCGCUUCUGCAUCGCAAAAGAACGCUCAUGAGGCGCAGCGGGAUUUGGAGCGGCAGCGCCACCGCUUGGAGCGGGUGCAGGCAUCAUUGACAGGUGCCCACGAUUCUCUUCGCAUGUCACAGAGCGCGCUGCAGCGGGGGGAGGAGGAGUUUGCGCAGGUGCAGGGGGAGCUGCGGGCUCUCCGGCUGAAUAUUGUGAGGGGCAAACACGACAAAACAGAGUCGUGGCUGGCGGUGUCACGCGUGCAGGAGGCGAUAACGGUGUGUGAGAAACAAACGGCGGCGAACACGGAGGCGUACGCCAGCGGGGAACAAACCCUGGCGGCCCGUCGGGCUCUUCUUGAUCAGCUGCAGAAGAAGCACCAGGAGCUUUUGGCGCAGCAGCAGACGAUCUCCAAGAGCAUCGAUGCCCACAGAAGAAAUCAGCACGUCUUGCUUGCCCGUCUUCACGCCUCCACGAGCGAAGCACAGGAGCAGGAGAACGCAACGACUGCGACGCAACGACAACUAGCGGCCCAGCGAGAUGUGCGGCAGCAGGCGCUGCUUUCGUACCGCAACACGCUUGCGCUUUGGGAUGGGCGUAACGCACAACUGCAGGAGUUGCUUUUGCGCUCAAGGGAGCUUGAGUGUCUUUGCAAGGAGACACAAGUGGGCGGCGGUGUGCAGUCGACACGCGCUUUUGAGGAUAUACGUGCCUCACUGCAGCGGGGCCUCCAGCAACUGGAUGAUCGAAUCGUGCGAAUUCGUGCGGCGACUUUGUCGUGUCUUUCAGAUCUUCAGCAGGAGGGCCGAUUUGCCGAGGAGAUAAAUUACAACGUCACCAAAACAAGAGAGGCUUUGGCUGCCGCAGAAAAUGAAUAUGCGGCACGGCGGCAAUCUCGUGACAUGUGUCAAACCCACCUUGACGCUCUGGAGGCACGAUUAUCAUCCAUGAAAUUAAAGCUGGAGCAAGCACGGGAUUUGGUGCGGGAGAAGGACCGGCAUGAGCAGACAGUUUUGGAGGGUGUUGUGCAGGAGCUGCAGGCCCAACUCCAUCGCUUGACGCACCGCGGCCUUGCGCUUCGGCGGGACAUCACACCGCUGCAGUGCGCCUUAAACGCUCAUACCAGAAGUGCAGACGACACAAAAGAGAAAAUUGCCGCCCUCACGGAAGUGGUGCUUCUGCGAAGGGCGGAACUUCAUGCAAUCGAGUCUGACGCUGUGCGUCUGGCGAAGGAAAAGGAAACGGCUCUUUUACAUCACUCGAGGGCGACGUUGGAGUUGCGGUCCGUCCGUCGUGUCGCCGAAUCACACGUGGAGUGGAUGCGUGGGUCCGCGACUCUCGAGGACAUCCUCCGCGGACAGGCGCUAGUACUGGAGGAGACGGUUCUUGCAGACAUAAAGAACGCCGUUGUGGAGCUUCAUCUCGAGCAAAAGGCCCAAGCGGAGAAACAGGCGGAACUUCGACGAUGCCAGGAGCAGUUGCAGCAAUUGAAGUGUCGUUACCAGAAUGUCAUGGAGUCGAUGAGCCGAAGAAUGGUUGCGGCAAGCGGGAUGCAGGAGGGGGAACUGCACGCACCAUCCAUCACAUCUUCACCAGAGAAACUGCAGGCGCGUUGUAUUCUUCAAUCAUCGUCCGAUCGCGAGCGGUUAAGGGAGCGGGGGAACUUUCUUGAUGGGCGCAUCGUCUUUCUUGAGCACGAGACAAAAACGCUACGGAAGAUGCUCCACGCCUUGCGGGCAGGCGGAGGAGGGAGGCAGAGCGGCGCAUCAGGACCCACGGCGCAUCCCAAGACGGAUGGGGAACUGCUUCGAUUGCGCGAGGGCGUGAGGGAGACUCGUCGCGGCGUGGAGGUAGAGUUACAAUGUGUGGUGGAAGUGCUGCGAACGUUGCAAUCACGCAAGCGGGACCUCAGCCGUCGCCUCAAAGACGUUGCCAGAAGGUUGACUGAACUGCAGGCCAUUAAGCGUAACCGCGAGUCGGUGGUGCGACGCUUAAAGAAUCAAAUAAAGCGAUCUCAGCCAAAGUUGAAGCAACGGUCUUCACUCAUCCACACUCAGCAGUAA